GCGAGAGAAACUGCGAGAAAAUCAGAAAACACUAUCAGUGCUCUGCAGCAUCCCUACUCAUACACAUACACUCUCUAUCGUCUCUUACCUUCCUCGAGAUGACAACCAAAGAGCAAUCGCGUUACCUCGCUGCAGUUAUCUCCACGGUGAUGCUGUUUACGCUAGCUGAGACCUAUACUAAUCCACUCGAAGUCUCGGCUCUUGAAGAUCUCCACAAGUCUUUAAACAAUCCACAGCAGCUGAGAGGAUGGAGAUUCGAGGGAGGAGGAGAUCCAUGCGGAGAACUCUGGAUUGGAGUUUACUGCUCUGGAUCGUCUAUAGUAGCUCUGCAGCUACGAGGGCUAAGUCUUUUGGGGAGUCUUGGAAACAACCUUCACCGCCUCCACAGUUUGAAGAACAUGGAUGUUAGCUUCAAUAACCUCCAAGGUGACAUUCCUUUUGGCUUGCCUCCAAACGCUACCCACUUAAACAUGGCUUAUAACAAUCUGACUCAGAGUCUCCUUUUCUCUUUACCUCUCAUGACAUCUCUUCGCUCCCUGAACCUGAGCCAUAAUUCACUAUCUGGACCUCUUGCAAAUGUGUUUUCCGGGUUACAGAUCAAAGAAAUGGAUCUCUCAUUCAACAACCUGACGGGAGAUCUACCGAGCUCUUUUGGAACUCUAAUGAAUCUGAAUUCACUGUACCUUCAGAACAAUAGGUUUACAGGAUCUAUCAUCUAUCUCGCGGAUCUUCCUUUAACUGACCUGAAUAUUGAAGAUAACCAGUUCAGUGGUAUCUUCCCUAGUAGUUUUCAGUCCAUUCCUCAUCUGUGGAUUUGGGGAAACAAGUUUCAUGUAGAGCCCAACUAUAAACCGUGGAAGUUCCCUCUGGACGUCAUACCGAUGAUUCAAAAUGCCCGUGGCUAUCCAACGACUCAGUCUAGUGCCAUCAUGGACUUUCCCAGACCUCAGAAGGUCAGAAAGAAGAAGAAGGGCUUAGGAGCAGUGAGUAUUGUUUUGCUGGUUGGCGGAUUGGCUUUGCUUGGAACUUUCUUUGCAGUUUUUGCAGUUCGAAUGAGCCAUCAUCGACGUUCACAGAACCUUGCAGCUAGUCAAAGAAGCAGCAAUAGCACAACAUACUCUCUUCCAGUCAGUACAAACCGAGAUUUAACAGAAUUUUCUGUUGCACCGCCAGUUCCUCAGCUGAGACAUAUACCUCCUCCACCUGUCAGAACCGAUAAAACAGCAAGACGAAACAGCUUCUCUGCUACAUGCCAAUAUCCAGCAUAUGCGAAGCUUUUCUCAGCUGCAGAGCUUGAACUGGCAACCAACAGUUUCAGUGAGGAAAACCUACUCGAAGAGGGGCCUCUUGGUUCUGUUUACAGAGCAAAGUUGCCUGAUGGUCAAUUGGCCGCUGUGAAAAACAUCCCAAUGUCUUCGCUGUCUUUACAUGAAGAGGAAACAUUUACUGAACUUCUUCAAACAGCCUCCAAACUAAGACACCCAAACAUUGUGACACUUCUCGGUUUCUGCAUUGACAACGGGAAGCAUCUUCUUGUCUAUGAGUAUGCCGGGCAUUUGUCGCUGUACAAUGCUAUGCAUGAUGAUGUAUACAAGCCACUUUCUUGGCGGUUCCGUCUCCACAUUGCUAUCGGAGUUGCCCGAGCUCUAGACUAUUUGCACUCGUCGUUUAGCCCACCUAUUGCCCAUAGCGACCUGAAAGCAACAAACAUCUUACUAGACGAAGAACUCACGCCUCGGAUUGCUGACUGUGGGCUUGCUAGUUUAAGGCCACUCACAAGCAACAGUGUCAAGCUUCGGGCUUCAGAGAUAGCGAUACAAAACACAGGCUACAUUGCACCAGAACAUGGACAGCCAGGAAGCAGCGGCACAAAGAGCGACACUUAUGCACUGGGUGUGCUACUCUUGGAGCUGUUAACAGGAAGGAAAGCAUUUGACAGUUCACGCCCCCAAGGAGAACAGCUACUGGUGAAAUGGGCAUCAACCAGACUUCAUAACAAGAGAAGCUUAGAACAUAUGAUUGAUCAAGGCAUAGUCGGCACAUUCUCCAUAAGAGUCGCCUCACAUUACGCAUUCAUUAUCUCUCUAUGCACUCAGGCACAGGAGUUCAGACCAGAGGUUUCAGAAAUAGUGGAAGCACUCACUGGAUUGAUACAGAAACAGAACAAGGAAGCAGCAAGCAGUGUAGCAGACAAGACAGAGGUGGACCCUUUUAGUAAAUCUUUCUACUCAACACGCACACGUUUCCCCUCCUCACCUACCUUCACCCACCUCUCCAACUGACAAUUUUUCUGUGUCUCUUC